AAGAGUCCUUUUGUUUGUCUCUCCGGACACGGAGAUCUCUCUUCUUCCACAUCCUUUCUCUCUCGGCGCGCGCUCAUCCUCAUUGACCUCGAUUCAAUAGGUCCUCCGAAUUCGAUUCGUUUAGAUUUUUUAAAGUAUUAAUUUGGAGGGAAGCUGCUAGGAUGGGUGUGAAGCAGGCCCUAAAGAGCAUCGAUGCUUUUCCCAGAGCAGAGGAUCACUUGUUGCAGAAGACGCAGUCUGUUGCAGUAUCGAUCGUUGGACUCAUUAUAAUGGCUACUUUGUUCUUGCACGAGCUGAGUUACUAUCUUAACACGCUUACAGUGCAUCAGAUGUCAGUAGACUUAAAGCGUGGAGAAACUCUUCCCAUUCAUGUAAAUAUGACGUUUCCGUCUUUGCCUUGUGAUGUAUUGAGUAUGGACGCUAUCGACAUGUCAGGGAAGCAUGAAGUGGAUCUCGAUACGAACAUUUGGAAGCUCCGUCUCAACAGUCAUGGUCAUAUCAUUGGCACAGAAUAUAUAUCUGAUCUUGUUGAAAAAGAGCAUGAUCACUCGACUCACAAGCAUGAAGAACACAAGAAUGAAACCGAAGCAUUAAAUGUUCUUGGAUUUGAUCAAGCUGCUGAGACGAUGAUUAAAAAGGUGAAACAAGCAUUGGCAGAUGGAGAAGGAUGUCGGGUUUAUGGUGUCCUAGAUGUACAGCGGGUUGCUGGAAACUUCCAUGUUUCAGUUCAUGGAUUGAAUAUCUAUGUUGCCCAGAUGAUAUUUGGCAGCUCCAAAAACGUAAACGUGAGCCAUAUGAUUCAUGAUCUAUCCUUUGGGCCGAAAUACCCCGGAAUUCACAACCCACUUGAUGACACAAACCGAAUUCUGCGUGACACCAGUGGAACUUUCAAAUACUAUAUUAAGGUCGUUCCCACAGAAUACAGAUAUCUUUCAAAAGACGUGUUGUCAACAAAUCAGUACUCUGUAACGGAAUAUUACACGCCGAUGAACGAAUUCGACCGAACAUGGCCAGCCGUCUACUUCUUAUAUGAUCUCUCACCUAUCACUGUGACCAUCAAGGAAGAACGACGCAGUUUUCUCCAUUUGAUCACUCGGCUUUGCGCUGUAUUAGGCGGUACUUUUGCUUUGACAGGAAUGCUAGAUCGUUGGAUGUUCCGCUUCAUUGAGUCUUUCACCAAGAAACCGAGUACCAGAAGCAUACACAAGUGAAACAGAGAAAGACACUGAGAAACCUAAGAAGAAAGAAGAAUCUCUCAAGUCCUAAACAUGUAUCAGCCUUCUGAGGAAACCCUCCAGAGAUUACAGAAACUCGAGGAUUGAUACAUUUGCAAGAUCCAACCUCAGAACUGUAGAAUCCAUGGAUAAAUAUAUAGUUUUUUUUGCUUGUCCUCAAGUCUUCUUUCACUCUUAUGUAAUACUCUGAUUUUCUCUGGUUAACUAGUAGAGUAAUUUGUAAUUUUAUUUAACUUUGAUUCCCGAGAUUUUAGCAUUUUUAACUAUUAAUAAAAGAAAUAUCGAAACUCACA